GGAUCCACAGAGGCAGGGAGGUACGCCUGCGCCCCCCUGCCUCCUUACCUGGAGGGGGAGGAGCCAAAUGAAGAGGAGGAGGAGUCCAGCAGGCCGCUGUACGACCUGUGCUUCCACCUGCUGAAGCUCUACAGCGACAGACACUACAGUCUGCAGCAGCUGCUGGACCCGCUGACCGUCACCUGGAACCGCCUGGACUACAGGCUGAGCUGGCACCUGUGGGGGGUCCUGCAGGCUCUGAACUACAGCCACCUGAGCUCCUCCAGGCAGGGUCUGCUGCACACCAGCUACGCCUCACAGCUGGAGAGUGCUGGACUCUGGCACCUGUCUGUCUUCAUCCUGCUGCACAUCCCAGACCACAG